GGAGAAAUAAAGUAUGUACAAAAAAUCAAUCAAAAAGACUCCGUAAAAUCCCGGCAUACCAGUGGGCCCUCCAGUACUGAAGGGGUUGGGAACCCGAGGAGCCCGUCAGACACGGUUAGUUACUAGGGUAACGCACAUGACUUCAGAGGUACCACAAGGACGAUGUACCUUACGCGACAACGUCACUGUCACUUUUGUGUUCACACGGAUUGUAUACUUCACGAGAAUACUUUCUAUCCUGAUAGUGGCUUUCAGCGCGUUGAAUGGAUUUACCCCUCAACGGGGCUUGCUUUGUCGCAGACUCCACGACCUGGCAUCACCGCUAUCCCACCUACUUUUGAUACUCGACAAUCAGCACCCACCGCAGUCUUCAGAUGCAGGACCCAUAUAUCCACACUUUUCCUUACCGAUAACUAAGCUGUUAGUUUAUCACUAAGACUAGUUAUGUAUGUACGUACUUUUUUCUUACCUUCACCGCUUUAAUCUGCCAGCGUUGUUGAAGGAGAGAGCGGUGAGCUGGGAGGCUUACUCUUUUUGAGAAGGAACUUUGCGCCUCGGGUCAGACAGAAGAACCUAUUAUUCGGCCUUCUCUGAUGCGCCCAGCCUCUUAAAUUCCUUCAAGCUUGAACGCUCCUUCACGAAAAUCUAUCCUGGCAACUGGCGGGAUUUUUUUCUUUUUUUUUUUUUU